GGGCGGGGCCAAGGCUGAGCUGGCGCCGGCGAAGGCGUCGGAACUCGCUGGAAGACUCGGCCCCAGGUUGCUCAACAGUUCGCAAAGUCCGGGCUCGCGGCGGCGCGGCUCCGUCUGCGCCCAGGUGGCGCAGGGGCGCGGGUGCCCCGGGUUGCUGCAUCCCGGGGCUACCAGGGACAUGCUGCGCACCCCUGCCAGAGGAUCGCGUGGCUCGACUGGUUGCGACUCGGGGGCUCUGGAACUAUAUUGAUACCCGCUCUAACUUCUGACUUUGGGGUCCCCCAGCCCUAGAGAAACGAGCGGCCCGGCUGGGGGAGCCCGGGGCAUGGUGUGACGGGGCGGUCCGCUUGGCUGCGCCCCUCACUCCAGCCGCCCGUCGUCUCUGCGCCUGCAGAAUGUAGCUGCUGUCUCCGCGCCCCCGGCCUCCAGCCGCAGUCUCCACGACCGCCGGGCUCCAGCCACCAACACUUUGUCCCUCGGGAUUCCUCCGUGAUAUCCGCGACCUUAGGAUUCCAGUCGCCGUCUCUUCGUCCCCCGGGUUCCAGUUUCGCGACCCUCGCAGUCUUUGCGUCCCCGGGACUCUAGCAGCGGUUUCCGAGACGCCCCAGGAUCCAGCCACUGUUUCCGCCCCCCUCCAACCCAGACUCCCGCCGUCGUCUCCGCGCGCCUCUAAGCCAGACUCUAGCAGCCGCUACUGCCCCCGUCUCCCGGGACCCAGCACCGUCGCCUCGUCCCCCGCUGCCCAGGCUCCAGCCGUGACUGCCGCGCUCCCCAGAUCCAGCUGUCGCGCCCGUGCCCGCGAGGGCAGCAGUACCCCGCGGCGCGCCUCGAGUCCGCCUGGGCCUCGGCGGGAUGAACGCGCAGCUGGACGGCCUGUCGGUGAGCUCGUCCUCCACCGGAUCGCUGGGCUCGGGGGCCGCGGCGGGCGGCGGCGGGGGCGCAGGGCUGCGGCUACUGUCUGCCAACGUGCGCCAGCUGCACCAGGCGCUGACCGCGCUGCUGAGCGAGGCGGAGCGGGAGCAGUUCACUCACUGCCUGAACGCGUACCACGCGCGCCGCAACGUCUUCGACCUGGUGCGCACCCUGCGCGUCCUACUGGACAGCCCGGUCAAGCGGCGCCUGCUGCCCAUGCUGCGUCUGGUCAUCCCGCGCUCCGACCAGCUGCUCUUCGACCAAUACACCGCCGAGGGCCUCUACCUGCCUGCCAACGCCCCCUACAGGCAGCCCUCCUGGGGCGGCCCCGACGGCGCGGGCCCCGGGGAAGUGCGUCUGGUGAGCUUGCGGCGCGCCAAGGCCCACGAGGGCUUGGGCUUCAGCAUUCGCGGGGGCUCGGAGCACGGCGUGGGCAUCUACGUUUCCCUGGUGGAGCCGGGUUCCCUGGCCGAGAAGGAAGGGCUGCGGGUCGGGGACCAGAUUCUGCGUGUCAACGAUAAAUCCCUGGCCCGGGUAACCCACGCCGAGGCUGUCAAGGUUCUGAAGGGCUCCAAGAAGCUGGUGCUGUCUGUAUACUCAGCUGGGCGCAUCCCUGGGGGCUAUGUCACCAACCACAUCUACACCUGGGUGGACCCGCAGGGCCGCAGCAUCUCUCCACCCUCUGGCCUGCCCCAGCCCCAUGGCAGCGCCCUGAGACAGCACGAGGGUGACCGGAGGAGUGGCCUACACCUCCUGCAAGGCGGGGAUGAGAAAAAGGUAAACUUGGUGCUGGGGGAUGGCCGGUCCCUGGGCCUCACGAUCCGCGGGGGAGCUGAGUACGGCCUCGGCAUUUACAUCACUGGCGUGGAUGCAGGCUCGGAAGCAGAGAGCAGUGGGCUCAAGGUCGGGGACCAGAUCCUGGAGGUGAACGGGCGGAGUUUUCUCAGUAUCCUGCACGAUGAGGCAGUCAAGCUGCUCAAGUCAUCUCGGCACCUCAUCCUGACGGUGAAGGACGUGGGGAGGCUGCCGCACGCGCGCACCACCGUGGACGAGACCAAAUGGAUCGCCAGUUCCCGGAUCGGGGAGAGUGCUGUGGGCUCGCCAGGGUUUCCGGGGGAUCUCAGCACAGAGGGAGCAAACAAGCCAGGAUUUUACAAAGGCCCAGCUGGCUCCCAGGUGACCCUGAGCAGCCUGGGGAACCAGACACGCGUGCUGCUGGAGGAGCAGGCCCGGCACGUGCUGAACGGGCAGGAGCGUGCCACCAUGGCCUACUACCUGGACCAGUACCGCGGCGGCAGCAUCUCCGUGGAGGCCCUCGCCACCGCCCUAUUCGAUCUGCUCAACACUCACGCCAAGUUCUCCCUCCUCUCUGAAGUGAGAGGCACCAUCUCCCCGCAAGACCUGGACCGCUUCGACCACCUGGUGCUGAGGCGGGAGAUCGAGUCCAUGAAGGCAAGGCAGCCCUCAGGCCCCGGGGCUGGGGAUACCUAUUCCACGGUUUCCUACAGUGACACAGGCUCGUCCACCGGAAGCCACGGCACCUCCACCACUGUCAGCUCGGCCAGGGAGCGGCUGCUGUGGCUUAUAGACCUGAUGGAGAACACGCUGGACCUGGAGGAAACUGGCGAGGCUGUGCAGAGCGGGGCCAAUGCCCUCCCCGACGUGUCCGUGGACGAUGUGAGAUCCCCCUCCGAGGGGCUGCCUAGCGUCAGGCCACUGCCUCCCCUGCCACCUCUGGCCCAAGGCCAGGACCGCCCGCUUGGCCAGCUGAGGAAGCCAGGGAAGGAGGACCCCGCAGCUCCUUCCUCUGCGUCUUCCCACUCGGGCAUCGUCUUCUCCGCGCCACGGAACCACAGCCCGCCCCGGGGCACCGCACCCACCCCAGGGACUUCUUCUGCCCAGGACUCUCCCUCCUCCCCCAUCUAUGCCUCUGUGUCCCCUGCCAACCCUGGAUCCAAGAGGCCACUGGACGCCCACCUGGCCCUGGUCAACCAGCACCCCAUCGGGCCCUUCCCUCGGGUCCAGUCACCGCCGCACCUGAAGAGCCCCCCCGCAGAGGUCCCAGGUGCUGGGGGGUGCCUCCUGCCACCCUCACCCUCAGACACCCCAGACCAGACGGGCACCAACCAGCACUUCGUCAUGGUGGAGGUGCACCGCCCCGACAGCGAGCCAGACGUGAAUGAAGUGCGGGCCCUGCCCCAGACGCGCACAGCCUCCACACUGUCCCAGCUCUCGGACAGUGGGCAGACGCUGAGCGAGGACAGCGGUGUGGAUGCCGGCGAGGCGGAGGCCAGUGCCCCGGGCCAAAACAGACAGACGGCAUCCACCAGGAGCAGGAGCAGCAAGGAGCCACCCAGGAGCGAGAGGACCGCAGAGGGGGGCAACAAACCGCCAGGACUCCUGGAGCCCACGUCCACCCUGGUCCGUGUGAAGAAGAGCGCGGCCACCCUGGGCAUUGCCAUUGAGGGUGGGGCCAACACACGCCAGCCGCUGCCAAGGAUCGUCACAAUUCAGCGAGGGGGCUCGGCCCACAACUGCGGGCUGCUCAAGGUGGGCCACGUGAUCCUGGAAGUGAACGGGCUGACGCUCCGAGGCAAGGAGCACCGCGAGGCUGCCCGGAUCAUCGCCGAGGCCUUCAAGACCAAGGACCGUGACUACAUCGACUUCCUGGUCACCGAGUUCAACGUGAUGCUCUAGAGGCCGGGGCUGAGGGCCUCCCACCGCUGUGUAGCUCCUGCUCCCUGUCCUUCCCCUACCCUGGCUCUUUCAGGCUCUCUGAGGGGUCCGGGGCUGGCUGGCCAGGGUGGCAGGAAGGGCACCCCCCACUCUGUCCUGACCCAUUGGACCGGAAUCAGCAGGAAAAGAGAGCCAGGCAAGGCAAACAGGUUGAGUCCGAAUCUGUGUGCUCUGCUGCCCGCUAGCCAGGCAGGACGCAGCCUGGCCCCAGAUACCUGAGCCUCUGCCUGCAGUGAGGUCACAGGGGAAUCGGAGGACGCAGCUUCCUGCUAAGGGGCAUCCUGCAGGACCUUCAGUGCCACAAAUAAGCAUCGAGACGCCCCGCUCCCACCCGUUCCUCCUGGCUCCUUAUCCUCGUGGUAUUUAUUAUUUAUUUCCCGCCCCGCACCGCGGGGACCCCAGGGCCCCAGCUUCCCGCCGCACCCCCAGCCUAUCCCAGAGGCCUUGCAGGCGACCACCAACGUUCGUGUAUUUAUAUACAGAGCUUAUGACUUUAAUUUUUCAAUAAAGAAAUCUGAACCAG